AUGCUCCUUUCAAAAAGAUGCAUUGCACUCUGGUUGACAUCGUUAUUUAUCCUUUAUUGGAUAUCUCUUUCAUUACCAGCUCUUAGAAGAAAGCUCUUUCGCUGUGAACUAUCAAAAGUAGGACAGUUCGCACUUUACUCAUACAAUUUCGGGAACUAUCGUAACGAGCUCCACGGAAUACAAGAUAUACUUUUAUCGUUCAAUAAGUAUGGAAUAGAUUCGUAUUUCUUCACAAAUCGACAAAUACCCCCUGUGAAUGGUUGGGAAAUUAUUGUGAUCGAUACGAAUAAAGAGUUUACUAAUCGUAGUGCAGGAAAAAAGCUUAAAUUUCAGUUCCAUCCAAAGCUUGAAAAAUAUCGGUACUUGAUACAUACUGAUGCCAGAGAUGCUCGACUGUUACAAAUGCGAAAAUGGCUGUCAAAUGGACUCAUGUAUUUCGUAUUAGAUAAUCCCCAGUACGCUCUUUUUGUUGGUGAGCAUCCGGAUAGGAAGAAUAUUGAAGAAGAAGUGAAUGUUUUAUUUGGGCACGGAGGUAUACAACCACAAGCGGAACUUGAAAAUUGGAAGAAAUUUCUUAGCGAGGAAUUUGUUACAUUAAAUGAAGUUAGGUUACCGGAGUUAUGUACAUGGAUUUUAGACACGCAUGACAGGGUUUUUGUGGACCACUGGUCUAGAAUUUAUGACUUGCUUAAUAAACACGGUUUGUGGAGAGAUCAAGUAGUUUUCAGCUAUGCCAUGGUAACCCAAGCACUGAAAAUAAAGUACAUCGGCGUGAAGGCAACACAUCAUUCGGCGUGGGAAGAUUGA